GUUCAUGAUAAGUGUCACUGUUCUAACGCCAUAACCAUUGGGAGGUAUUCUUUUCCCUUACCAAUGUUUGUUUUAUAGAUAUAAAUGCAGAAUUCUAAAACAAGUACCCUCGGUAAGCUGCGUUUUAUGCAGCAAGGUCGUGCACCUGAACCCAAGGCAACAGAGGUAGUCGAACGCGUAUUAGACGACGAUACUGCCUGGGUUUCUGAAGGGUUUGAAGAGGUACAUAAAAGCAACAGUGCUCCAAUAUCGCAAGAUAAUUCAAAGUUGAAAAUUACGUAUGCAAGUAGAAAGUCAUACAACGGCGCUAACCCGUAUAUUGAACGCUAUAUGCAGUCAUUCAGGAAACGCAAGUAGGAUUCAAACGCGAUAUACACCUUUUAGCGUAAACCAUCUGUUCUUGCUUUCCGGAGGGCCACAUGAAAUAUGGUAUAUGUAUAACUUUAUAGCCUCCCUGACGUAACAUAUACAUUUUAAUCCUCGAGUUGUAUGUAUAUGUCAGUCUGU